AGCUCGCUGCUGUUCAUCUCUCUGUCAUCGUGGAGAGAAAGAAGGGGAGUGCGCUGUUUCUCUCUCCCUGCCCCAGACCCUCCUCCUCCUCCCCUGGUAGCCCGUCCAUCUCAGAGCAUCGGCGGUGAGUUUUAUGGGGAGAGUGGCCGCUCCCUGCAGUGGCCCCAGCAGGAUCGUGUCCUUUCUCACCGCAGUUCCGUGCUUAUCCUGCAAACAGCAGCAGCGGCGGCGGCGGCGACAUCAUCAGUCUGCGGCAGUGGACCGGGGCAGGAGGAGAAUGAGCGAGCAGGGCAAGAGUGCUGCGUCCACGCCAGCGAGCGGGACACCAGCCCCGGGCUCGGACACGUACAAAGGCUGGCUCUUUAAAUGGACUAACUAUAUCAAAGGUUACCAGCGCAGAUGGUUCGUGCUCAGCAAUGGACUGCUGUCCUAUUACAGAACUCAGGCAGAGAUGGCCCAUACGUGUCGCGGCACCAUCAACCUGGCCACAGCGCACAUCGACACCGAAGACACCUGCAAUAUUGUUCUGAGCAGUGGGGGGCGCACUUACCAUCUGAAAGCCAGCACAGAGGUGGAGAGGCAGAGAUGGGUCACAGCACUGGAGCUGGCCAAGGCCAAAGCCAUCCGAAUGAUGAACGAUCAGUCCGACAAUGGCCCCACAGCCCCACUAAAACACUGUUAUCAGUCUGGUAAGGUGACUGGGCUUCUUACAGAGGCUUUGCAUCAUGUUUGCAGGGCUGGUGUGUAG